AUGAUCAGUCCAUACCGUAAUAGUCAUACUUUCAAUUUGGUUGAGGAGUUCGUUGUGGAUAGAACAGCUGCGGGUCGCGCCGACAUCGACGCGACUGGACACGAGAAGACUCAGGUUGUGAUCGUCGGUUCGGGAUUCGAGCCCUCGCCGCGGCCAAGACCCUCGCGAAGUCCAAGACGCCGUUCGUUCUUCAUCUCCGCCACCACCGAGCACCUCUUCCAGCCGCUGCUCUACCAGGUGGCGACGGAGUACCCCAACGCCGACGUCCGCCUCGGCCGCGUCGUCGAGGUCAACGCCGAAGAGAACACCGUCGUCUACGAAGCCUCGGCACGCCGCCACACGCUCGGGUACCGCUCGCUCAUUGCAGCCACCGGUGCCACGCAGGCGUACUUCGGGCAUGACGAGUUCGAAAAGGUCACCUACAAGCUCAAGACCGUCGAGGACGCCGAGGUACUGCGUAAGCAGAUCCUGCGUUGCUUCGAGGAGGCGCACACCACCAACGACGCGCUGGUUCGCCCGACCGGCGUCGAGCUCGCCGGACAGAUCAAGGAACUGGCGCGUCGCUACUUUGCGAAGGCCAUCAACAACAUCAGUGCCGACGAGGUCACGGUCACCAUGGUCGAGGGCGCCGGCGUUGCGCUUCCGGCCUUCGGCGGCAAGCUCAUCCUCAACACCAUGGUCACCGCCAUCGACGAACACGGUGUCACCGUUUCUUCGGCAAAGACCAAGGAAGAGAAGCGCAUCGACGCCGAGACCGUCAUCUGGUCGUCUGCUCAUCAAUCGGACUUGACCGUCGGCGGGUUCGCCAACGUCUUUGCCAUCGGCGACAUGACUUCGCUGAACGGUCUGCCCGGUCAGUCGCCCGUUGCGAUGCAGGGUGGCCGUCACGCCGCGAAGACUGUGAACGGAAAGGUCAAGGCCGGAACGCCUUUCCAAGUACUUCGACAAGGGCAGCAUGUCGAUCAUCAGCCGAUUCAGCGCUGUAUGUCGCGUCCGCAAGGUCGAGUUCAGGGCACGAUCGCCUGGUUCAUGUGGCUGGCCGUGCACGUGAUGUAUCUGGUGGGCUUCCGCAACCGGUACGUCGCUGUGAUGUCGUGGUUCGGUUCGUUCAUCGGUCACCGUCGUCCGCACUUCCACUACGCGCAGGAACCGAUGAAGAUCGAGGCCGCGCCGCCGGUGACCGAACGCGAACCGGAAUUGGCGCACUCCGCG